AUGCCGGCUAAGGGCCUACCACCAACUUCAGGUCCCGACCCUGGCCCAUCCAGCCCGAACUCCAACCAACAAUCCCAGUGCAUUCCGCCUAUAGUGCUACGGAAAAAAGAUAGAUGGUCCAAGGUCUCUAAAGAGCUAAAAGCCAGAGGCCUGUACUUUAGCAAUGCCCGCACCACGUCAGAUGGCAUAAAAUUCACUCCGGAAUCGAUAAAUGCCUAUAGAGCAACCGCCAAAUUUCUAGACUCAAACCGCGAACAAUUUCAUACAUAUCAACUGCCAGAAGACCGACUUACUCAGGUGAUUAUACGCGGUCUUCCCCUGGAACUAGAGAUUAAGGAGGUAGCUGAUGAGCUUGGAGAACUGGGGUUUCAUCCUAGACUAAAUCAGAUCCUGAACGCAGAGAUAUUCCACUAA